AUGUCCUUACAGAAAUUAACUGCAGAGCUCUAUUCCCUGUUUGAAAAAGAGGAUUUUGCAAAGUGCCACCAAUUACUAGCUCCCGUAAAGAUUGAACUUAUUAAGCACAAUCUCUUGGUACCCACUGCACAGAAUACUCUGACCAGUGACCAAGUCAACGAUAUUAAGAUUGCCCAAAGAAUACUUGAGAUUGGCGCUUUGUCAUCUCUCUUGACGAAUGAUUAUUUGGGAUUUGAAAACUACUUUGCCCAAUUAAAGCCAUUUUACUCAAACGACAAAAUUCAUAACUUGAAGAAGCCACACUUGAACACCGAUGCAACAAAAAUUAUUUCAUUAUAUUUACUAUACCUAUUAAGUAAAGGCUCUGUUUCCCAGUUUCACGUUGAAUUAGAGUCCAUCAGCAAUUCUGACCAAUAUAAUGUCGAGGAAGACAAGUAUUUACGUUUUCCAAUUGAAUUGGAAAGCAACUUGAUGGAGGGAAACUAUAUAAAGAUUUGGACCUUACUCAAGGAAGAGAAGAAGCUCCCAUGCAAAGAGUUUACACACUUUGUGACCACAUUGGUUGAUGCAUUACGCUUGGAGAUUGCCAAGAGUUUGGAAAACUCGUAUGCUUCGAUACCAAUAUCAAAUUGUAAAAAUUUGUUGUACUUGCCACAAGAACUAAGCGAUUCUUCGUUGGAGCAAAUGUUACGAGAUUCUGUCGAUGUAAGUAAUUGGAAGUUUGAAAAUGGAACUAUUUAUUUCAACCAAGUGGAGCAGGAGAACGAGGUCGAUAACGAAAAGAUCAUAAAAAACGUUUUGACAUAUGCAGAGCAGAUAGAAUCAAUUGUAUAG